CACAUAAACAAACCCUGAGUGUCAGCUGACGCGUAAGGAGCUGAUGCGAGAGCACGCACGGAAGUAGCGAGGAGGAAGUGCACGGUCGCAGAAGGAGGGGGAGACUCAACCAAAAGAAAAGGAAAGAGGCCAGUGAUGAUGGAAAAGCAGAUCGCAGUGGGGGUGUACGCGCUGGGUGCCUGGUUUUCCCUGUACCUGUUGAUCGCCAGUUUGUUACGUUUGUGGACACGAACUAGUCAUCUGCCAGACGCCCAUCGCGCCCACAUCACCGAGAGUUUCGUCUCGGGCGUGCAAGGAGCUGCUUGUGGGAUAGUGGGGCUGUGCGCAGUGGUAUCAUGCAAGCACGACGUCAUGGGCGAGAAGUACCCCCUGGCCGUGCACUACUCGUCCAUAGGCACGGCGUACUUCGUGUACGACCUGUGGGCGAUGUACCGCAGUCACGCAGCAAGCAAGGCCUUCGUGAAGAGCCAACUAGAAUGCUUGCUCUCCUAUUUCAAGAAAGACUUGCUGAUGAUUGUGCACCACAUUACCAUAGUUCUCGUGCUGUUUCCUGCGAUGGUGUACCACUCUCCCAUGGGGCACUUCUUCAUCGGGUGUUUCUUCUGCACGGAGCUCUCAACCCCCUUUGUGAACGCGAGAGUGAUUCUCAGCCGAUUGGGCCUGAAGAAAUCAAAGAUUUAUGUGGUGAAUGGAUUACUCAUGAUGACAAUAUUUGCCAUGUGCCGCAUUGCCUUGUUCCCCAUCAUGUAUGCAGCAUACUUAAGCCAGCAGACAAAAGCACCGACACACAUCCAAGCGCUUGCAAAAAUCCCCCUUACGUGUCACUUGUCGUGUUUACUAGUGCUUGCUCCGCAGCUGUACUGGCUGACACUCAUGGUAAAGGGGGCUUUAGCUGUUGUAAAUGCCCAGUCUUCAGAAUUACCGGUGAAGGAUGAAUGAUAAUAGAUGAGCUAGUCAUCUUAAUGGUGAAAAUAUAUUAAUGCAAUUCAAGACUCAUUCAGCAAUCUUAAGAACGACAAUUGCAAAUGCCAGAAAGGAUUCUAAAAUUACACAGAUGUGACCAUGUUAACCUGGAGAAAAAUUGUGAUAAUCAAGUAAUUAAGCUUCCGUCUCUUGUUGAAAAUAUUAUAUGAAUUCCAAGUAAAAUUGGAAAAUGAAUAUAAUGCAUGUUACUGAGGAAUAUUGAAUUGCUCUAUGAGCUUCUGUUUUUGAGUUAUUGUUUUACAGUUUUGAAAAAAAGAAUAUAUAUAUAUUAAAUAUGGAAUAUUAACAGUUACCCAAGAUAAACAUUCAGGAACUCUGAACUUUACUGCUAAAAAAUGAUGAACUCUUUGUUACAAAAGGUUGGCAGCAUGAGCUAACAGACAUGUAUUCAUUUAAGUCAUAUUUUUUUUCUUUUUAUUUGUUAUGACUAAUCUACUCAAGGAUAUAUAUCACAGAUGUAAUGCUCAUUGUAACAUAUGAAAUAUAAAACUAUUUCUCAUAUAUACACAACAGUUGCUCAUAUAGAAUCAAAACCACUCUUAUGCAUGUUAAUGUGAUGGUCAGUGGUUAUCACAUGAGACUGAUAAUCCCUUAUACUGGUAUAUUAAUUUUGUAUUUUGCAGUUAAUGUUAUAUAUAGAGAAUAUACUAAAAUAGAGGUAAAAUUUAUAAUAAGAGUUACUAAUAUGUUCUAUUUAAAGACAGAAUCACAAUUUGUCAAUAAGUAAAAAAAAAUCAAAUCUGUCAAGUAGAAGUUUGUUAACGGACAAGUAAGCCCAGAAAGGAGUGUUCCACAAUUUGUUGGUAAACAUUUUAUGCAUAAUAAUUGUUGGCUGAUUACAAGAAUGUUGAAGUACUCUAAGUAAGGGGCAUGUAAGGAUUUUUUUUUUCAAUCACACAAAUUAUUUAAGUAAUUAUAGAAUACAAUAUCUUUCUUGCCCUGUUUUGAUUAGGAAGAUUACAAAAUUCAGUGAUUAAUUACUGUUGAGAAGAGGCUUGAAACUGACAACAGUUUUUCAUUACAUACUGAUAUCAGAGAUAUUAGAGCUAUAUAUUGCAUAAUAAUGAUAUUGUGUGGAGUUCUCUAUUGGUGUCUGUAAUUCUUUCCAGGAACAGAUGUAUAGGCUUGUUUGCUUAUUUUAGUGUAUCAACCUCAUCAAAGGCUUUCUCAUAAAAACACCACAGACACACACACAGUUUCUGCUUUUAGGUCACAUUGAGUUUUUCAAACUUUCUUCAUUUUCUCCUUUUGUUUUAAAGUUAUACUCUUAUCCAUGCAGUUAGAUCUCCAUGCAGUAAGCUUUUGUCUAUCGUGGAUUUUUCUACUGCAUUUUGUUUGUUAUUAAUUUUCAUUAUUAUUAUUAUUUUUUUAUCAUUAUGAUUUUGGUUAUAGAUGUGAUUAUGAUUGAUCGUUUUGAUUAUUGUUGUUAUUGCUAUUAUU